AUGGAAGACAGAACCAGUCACACUCAGGGUUCUGAGGGGCAGAGCUUUGAACAGCCCAGCACGGCCCCGCCCAAGCCCAAGCCACCCCCACUGACCAAGGAGACUGUGGUGUUCUGGGACAUGCGCCUGUGGCACGUGGUGGGCAUCUUUUCACUCUUCGUGUUGUCCAUCAUCAUCACAUUGUGCUGUGUCUUCAACUGCCGUGUACCACGGACGCGAAAGGAGAUCGAGGCUCGGUACCUACAGCGAAAGGCGGCCAAGAUGUAUACAGACAAGCUGGAGACCGUGCCUCCCCUUAAUGAGCUCACAGAAAUCCCUGGAGAGGACAAGAAGAAAAAGAAGAAGGACAGUGUGGACACUGUGGCUAUCAAGGUAGAAGAGGAUGAGAAGAAUGAGGCGAAGAAGAAAGGAGAGAAGUGA